AUGAGAUUUACCCGGCAAGGGAAACUAAUUUUUACUACAAAGGAUCCGGGAUGCGCAAAACAACUUCUUAGCUUAGAGCAGAUUAACGAUACUAAGGUUACUUCAAACGUUAUUUGGGAAGGAGUUACUUCUAGAUUUCUGCUUAUUGAUAUGCCCACAUGUGUUCCACUCAAAGAAGUUGCAGAUGAACUGCGACAGUUUAAUGAUAUUGAAAUCAGAGAGAUGAGACGUUUUGUCAAACAAAAUUCGACACAACAAACUUCUCCAAUUCUCGUAACAAUUCUGGGUACUUCUGUUCCAGAUUCAGUUAAACUUUGGCUUACAAUCCAGAAAAUUCGACCUUUUAUCGAUCGGCCUAGACAGUGUUCAAAAUGUUACAGUUUCCUACACCCAUCUAGGAUAUGUUCGAAAGACCAAGUUUGCCAAUUAUGUGGAACAGAACACGUUGGAAAUUGUCAAAACCCAGUUAAAUGCAUUAAUUGUCAAGGUUCUCAUGCAGCAACAUCUAAAGCAUGUCCCUUGUACGUCAAGGAACAACAAAUUUUGGAUCUAAAAUGUCGUAACCACCUCACUACGGGGGAAGCAUGA